UCAUCCAUUGCAGCUCUCAAGAACAAAAGAAAAAAUCAGAGAAUUCCAGAUCCUUCUUCUUCUCUACAAAUCACUCACCUGAUACUCCAGCAAGACUUCCGAAUAUAAUUGAUAAUGAUCUCCGUUGUAAUCAUCACUGGUCUACUAGUGGAGUACACAGCAGCUCUCGCAAAACUCACCGCAGGGAUUAUUCCGAGACGGCAAGGAGACAGCAACGUAGUACGAGUUGGUGGUUUCGUCUUGUCUUGUCCUUCUCCGUGGAGUACUAAUCGUUCGUCGCCGAUACCAGACUUUUCUUCUCAUCUAGUAGAUUUCUGAUAUGUGACGACUUUUAGAGAUUUUUAUUUUGGAUUUUGUCAUCUUUUUUUAAUCUCUUCUAGAAGAGUGACGGCGGAGAUUUUUCCCU